AUGUCGGGUCUCAAAUAUUUCUCGUACAAAGGGUACGGAAAGAAGUUGUUACGGGAGAUGCACUACAGCCAAGCAGUCCGGGUUGGAGACAACAUUGAAAUAUCCGGCCAGGGAGGCUGGGACUCAGAGACUGGAAUGGUUCCCAGUGACCUCAUGCAGGAAAUCGACCAAGCAUUUGAAAACGUCAAUAUUAACCUGAAGGAAGCUGGCGGCCAAGGAUGGUCCCAAGUCUUCCGCAUCCGCUUGUAUGCCCUCGACGAGGCCUGGAAUGAGGAUGGCAUUGGCCGAAUGGUAGAGAACAUGAAAAAGUGGACUCCGAACCAUGCGCCGAUUCUUACAGGUAUUGGAGCCUCAAAGCUUGGCCAGCCUGGUAUGCGUGUCGAAGUUGAAGUUUCGGCCUACGAUCCUCAGGGCCGGAUAGGCUCAUGA